CGCCCGGCGGCUCCGGGUGGCGGUGGCGGCGCAGACGAAGAAGGCGGCCCCGGCCCCGGCCCGUCCCGCGCCCCCACGGCCCCGCGGCCCCAAGUGCCCCCGGCCCCGUCCGCCGCCGCCAUGGCCCGGCCGCUGGUGCCCAGCUCGCAGAAGGCGCUACUUCUGGAGCUCAAGGGGCUGCAGGAGGAGCCGGUGGAGGGCUUCCGGGUGACCCUGGUGGACGAGGGCGACCUGUACAACUGGGAGGUGGCCAUCUUCGGGCCCCCCAACACCUACUACGAGGGCGGCUACUUCAAGGCGCGCCUCAAGUUCCCCAUUGACUACCCCUACUCUCCGCCGGCCUUUCGCUUCCUGACCAAGAUGUGGCACCCCAACAUCUACGAGACUGGGGACGUGUGCAUCUCCAUCCUCCACCCCCCCGUCGAUGACCCCCAGAGCGGGGAGCUGCCCUCGGAGCGGUGGAACCCCACGCAGAACGUCAGGACCAUCCUCCUGAGCGUCAUCUCCCUCCUCAACGAACCCAACACCUUCUCACCGGCCAACGUGGACGCUUCCGUGAUGUACAGGAAGUGGAAAGAAAGCAAAGGCAAGGACCGCGAAUACACGGACAUUAUCCGGAAGCAGGUCCUGGGGACCAAGGUGGACGCGGAGCGGGACGGCGUGAAGGUGCCCACCACGCUGGCUGAGUACUGCGUGAAGACCAAGGCCCCAGCGCCCGACGAGGGCUCGGACCUCUUCUACGACGACUACUACGAGGACGCCGAGGUCGAGGCCGAGGCCGACAGCUGCUUCGGGGACGAUGAGGAUGACUCGGGCACCGAGGAGUGCUGACACCGCGUCUCCGCAAAUAAACUUAC